AUGAGCAGGACAAAAGUAAAGCGCGUCGCCGCCAUGCGCUCUUCCAUAAGGAGGACGCAUUUUGCUAUACUGAUAUAUAAAGGCACAAAAGCCAUGGCUUCUUCGAUGGCAAAUAUGGCGCGGUACUGUUUUUUCACGUCGUAUUUUGCGGCAACCUACAUGAUCAUUGGAGCGCGGACGCUUGCUAUCCUUUCUGAAGUUGGCCCAUCUCAUCGCCUAUUAUUUCGCGUCUAUUUUUCCCUGGUACCGCCGUCCGUGAAGGUGCUGGGGUGUUGCUUUUGUAAUGGACAUUCAGGCUUUCGUAAUGGACAUUCAGCUGCUUCGUAUUUCGAUUAGGGUGACACGCCUUGGCAGGCGAGGCGGAAGAUAUGGAUGCACGGAAAACAGUGCAAGAUGAAAUGGCGUCACGGGCAUCAAGCGUUUUAUUUUUGCUCAGUUUCUUCACGAACAAAAAAUCCAAAGAUGAAAUGGGUCGGCUUUCCUUAUCGAUAGAUGCAGAGCGAGCCGGUGUGUUCACUGCGGAAAGGUUGUCGCAAAGAAAGAUAGAGCUAAGCACUAUCAUGAAUGCGCUGCCCGAAUUCGCAUCGAGGAGGAUACGGUAGAUGUUCCAUGGCUGAGUCGGCUGAAGUUUUGGCUUUGCUUUGGUAAAAAGACCGACAGGAGAUGCAAGGCAUGACAUCAAUAGUAAGUGACUCAGCAAAGCGUGCUGCGUGUUUGCUUCGCACCGACUCAGAGUAGGCAUUUCGCCUGCAUUACUGAAUCUCCGGAGGAGGAGGCGACUGGUGUACCAAACUGGAAUAAUUACAUACCACACUUUGCUACUUGCGCUCGUCGUCGCACUGAUCGCCGUCGUCGUCUAUCACAGCAUAGUCGCUGACUCCCCCGGCCGUGCUCAGACCGCUACUGCAGAAGUAGAUGGGCGAGGUUUGGAAGAAAGUCCACAAAAUGUUUUCCGCAUGGAAGCAAUCCACUGCCAAUGAGAUUUAGAUCCCACCAGAAUAGUUUUGCCUCGCCAGGGGAGGAAAAUUUUCCGUGUAGUAUGUUUGCGAAUAUCUUCGGGCAUGCGGACAAGGCACCGCAGCAGAAAGGCGCGGGACCCGGAGCUAACUUGAGCGCGAGCGUUCGAGAUCAAGGUAGUGUGCCCGAUUGCUUGUCCUGCUGAAUGUAUUAUCUGCUACCGUGCAACGGCGAAGAUGAAAACGAGAACCUGACGCUUCACUUCGUGCAAGAAGCUACCGAUUUGGCAAAACACAAAAACUUUUCACAGGCACGAGUUCGGGCAAUGUGACCGAGGAAUACAUCGCUGGAGACCCGGAAAAUGGUACUCGGAAAGCGAUCCAGUCCGCCCUUGACGAGGGCCGGUGGGCACGGACUGAACUAAGCGGGAACGUCACAGACCACAACUUCGCCGCCCACCAUGACAGGAGAGGUUCGUGAAAAAUUUGUUGCGAACUGGCAUGCGUGCCGAAGUAGCCUUGACAUGUGUAGCUUCCGCAUCUGAUGAAAUAAACUUACCUUCGAGACACACCGGCCUUGUUGAGUACUUAGAUAUACUUGAAGAACAAUUAGAAGGAAUAUCAAAACGAAACAGCCCGUGAAGGCGCGUUGGACCCGAUGUCACAGAAGCUACUAGAGGAGGAGCCGUUUCUGGUAUAACUCGAAACUGGGUUGACUGUGUGCUAUUUUCUACGUGCCUUGAUGGCCACAGAUGCAGACCCUCUGCUGUCUUUGCGUAGGGGUCUGCUGACCUGUGCUCCGACGCAGAUUACCCAUGCCACUGUCGUCGUCACUUCUGGAUAAAUGAGACUGCGGAGCUGUUUUUCGGCAGGAGCUUCAGAGCCUUCCGUUUUUGAAGAGUGGGCUGGCGUGGUGCGAGAUGUCGAUCUGGUCAUAGAACUCGCAUUGCAUAGUCGAAUUGCUCUGCAUGCUAUUCCAAAUUAAAGGUGCCACAAGAACCCAGUGUCGCGUCGUCUGGCUCUGGUGGGCGUGUCUCUUGCCGCCAACCUGAAAAUUCUUCCGACGAUAGCCACAGCUCGAAUAGAACCUCCUUGCUGGGGCCGAGUACGAACACCACCUGCGCAGAUGCCGAACCCUUAUCGCCGCACACAGGCGACGAUUUAGGCACGAUCGCAGCCCCAGGCGAGUUGGACGCUAAGGCGCCGCCGGUGAUGCACCUUUCUGGCGCCUGCCUCGCCAUGGACGCGAAAGACCGCGAAGCGUGCGAGGCGCCGGGCUCGCCCUGGGAACACAAUGAGCUGUUGUGUAAGGCCAAGUCUCUUUGCAGGUGGGUCUCUGCGAGUACCAACGGCACAGCGCCAGCAGCUUUCCCUGAAGCAGACAACCAAGUGGAUCACUGCCGGGCGAAGAACAACACUCCGGACCGUGCAAAGGAGUGUGAAGACGCGAACGCGCAGCAUUAUUCCGAUCCUGGGUUGUGCAAUGCCCUUCCGGGUUGCCAAUUCGGGCGGCCAUGGCCGAGUGCCGCAACACCGUUGGAAGGCGCAGACCUCUUGAGGGACGGUUUGGAGCAAAGGUAUCCUGAGUACUCAUGUUCCUUCGUGAUCUUUGGAACUACGUGUCUUGUUGCGUAGCCUGUGUAUUGGGUGUGCAGCAAGCGAUCAACAUAAUAUUGAUUUUAUAUAUUUUUGCGCGGACGUCUCAAAACACGGCAGAUCUUCCCUGCAUGCUGCAAAGGAGACAGGAGCAGGAUUGCCAGAUGCUACAGUGGACAUUCGAGACGCCGGGGCAGCAUCAAUGCCGGGGAUCGAUGCGAAGCUCGCGAAAGCGUCUUCGGUUUCCAAAAACGCGACGAGCUCCAAACGGCGCAAACGCGAGUGGAUUUUGUAUAGCAUUCUUUAAUUCAAUAGAACUAAUCGACGGCUGUCUUUUCCAUGCAUCUUUUGCUGGAGCGUCACUGUCACAAGAGUCAACAGCAUGAGCUACGGCAUUCCUCCACUCACAUUACGAAACAGCGCUGAUUCUUGCUGAACAAAAUAAGUAAGAAUAUUGCAAGGGCAAAUACAUUGACUGCACAAAACAGCGAAGGAGAGGAGGACUUCGACUCCGACAAGGAGGACGGAAUGGUGCACCGUUUGGCAGGUCAAGUUGUGGACUGGCUGCAGUCUUGGGACCAGGUGCUGCAGGAGUUGGGUGAUCCAAAGCGCGGUGGAAAUUCAUCUAAUUCCAGUAAUACUUCGCUGGAGCUGGGAGAAGAAGAUGUCUUGGAAGAGGCGACCGAUGGCGCAAGCAGACCGCGGAAAUUUAAGAAGGGCCCAGUCGAGGAACUCUGAUGCGCUCUUCUGUUCACAAUUCAAGCAAAAAUGUAUGAUAGAACAAGUGUUGCAGAAGUCUCCAUGAAAAUAAGCACUUACUUAGGCUGCUUGGACUACUGAAGUCAUGAGUCGUAUUAUAUUUUGGUUUUCACACAGUAAUAUAUAGCGGUCUUUUUAGCAAAAGAAUGUGCUCAUAAAGAUGAAAAGCAGAGUGUGGGCAUUUCAGUUUCGUUUUUACUUUUGCCUGUUUAGUGUCCAUAAUAAUGAUAAAUCUGCAAGUGCAACAUGCGGGUCCGUCGGUGCUGUGGGCUUCGGAAUGCACAAACGCAAUUGCGCGAUGCACACGCAGGCACAAAAGCGGCAUGUAAGAUUCUAUUAGAGCUGCAAAGUAGUUCACGCUAUGAAGAAAUCAACAGAGCCGAACAAUUGUCUGGGUAAAGAAUUAAUGUUGAUUCUGUUCGAAAUUACUAC